CGAGUGUACUGCACGUGGAAGAUGGCGGACAGCGUGGAAAAGAAGAAAAAGAAGAAGCAUGUGGACCUUGGGGAAGUCCAGCAUUCUGAGUCUUUUAUAAUCCAGCCUUCUAAAGCAGUAGGAAAAUUAGACACAUCACAGUGGCCAUUAUUACUGAAAAACUUUGAUAAACUAAAUAUCAGAACAGGCCACUAUACCCCAAUAGCAAGUGGAUGCUCCCCUCUCAAAAGACCAAUUGAAGACUAUGUCAAAGCUGGUUUCAUCAACCUGGACAAGCCAGCCAACCCCUCCUCUCAUGAAGUUGUAGCUUGGAUCAAACGGAUCCUUCGAGUGGAGAAGACUGGCCACAGUGGGACGUUAGACCCUAAGGUCACCGGGUGCUUGAUCGUGUGUGUGGAGCGUGCAACGAGGCUCGUGAAGUCCCAGCAGGGUGCAGGGAAGGAGUAUGUGUGUAUGUACAGACUCCACAGUGCCUGUGAUGAUGAGAAAAAAAUUACCCAGAUCAUAGAGAACCAGCUGACAGGUGCCCUCUUCCAGAGGCCGCCACUGAUCUCAGCGGUAAAACGGCAGCUUAGGGUCCGCACAGUGUAUGAAAGUAAAAUGAUAGAGAUAGAUAAAGAGAGAAAUAUGGGAAUAUUUUGGGUGAGCUGCGAGGCUGGCACGUACAUCAGAACCCUGUGCGUGCACCUGGGGCUACUGCUCGGCGUAGGCGGACAGAUGCAGGAGUUGCGGCGUGUGCGGUCAGGGAUACAGUCAGAAAAGGAGGGGUUGGUGACCAUGCACGAUGUCCUGGACGCCCAGUGGCAGUUUGACCACAACAAAGACGAGUCGUACUUGCGACGAGUAAUCAAACCCCUCGAGGCAUUGCUGGUGUCACAUAAAAGAAUUGUCCUCAAAGACAGUGCUAUCAAUGCUGUAUGUUAUGGUGCCAAGAUCAUGUUACCCGGGGUGCUGAGGUAUGAAGAUGGCAUAGAGAUUAACGACGAGAUCGUAAUAGUCACCACAAAAGGAGAGGCUGUUGCUUUAGCCAUAGCACAGAUGACGACAGCUGUCAUGGCGACAUGCGACCAUGGUGUGGUUGCAAAACUGAAGCGAGUUAUCAUGGAAAGAGACACAUACCCCAGGAAGUGGGGACUGGGACCAAAGGCUUUGGCAAAGAAAAAGAUGAUCAAAGAAGGUCUGUUGACAGAGCAUGGUAAACCUAAUGAAAGGACUCCUCAGGACUGGCAGAAUACCUAUGUGGAUUACAGCACCCCUAAGAAAGUAGUUGAUGGGGGAGGUGACGCAGGAACUCCCAUGGGAGUCCAAGAGAGCAGUGGGGCCAAAGCUGAAAAGAGGAGGCACAGUUCCAGCAGUAGUUCAGACGAGAGUGCUCCUGCCACCCCUGCUCCAGCCACUCCAAGCAGUGAGAAGAAAAAGAAGAAGAAAAAGAAAGAGAGUGCAGAAGAACCAGAUGUGGAGAAAUCUGAAAAGAAAAAGAAGAAGAAAAAGAAACACAAAAAGGAAAGUGCUGACAGUGAUUGACAGUAAUAGAUUGAGGAAUGAAACGUAAUUCUUUUGAAAGAAAGAAUUCUUUAAAAGAAAAAAAAGAGAAAAUGAAAGGAUGACAGAUAUGGAAAGCAGCAGAGAUAAAAGCAUGAGAAUGACUUAAGAAUAAAGCAAGCUGGACAUUGGGGGAACCAGUGACAGAUGUAUAAGUAGCUAAUGGAUUAAGAGUGUUGUUCUUCAGGAAGAUUCCAAAGUGAACGUUUACAAAGUUUUCAAGGAGAGCAGGAAAAGAAUUUUCUGAAUAUUUUUGGGAGCCCAAACUAUUAUUUUUGAUAUGAUACCGAUGCAGAUCUGCGAUAAGGGGGGGGGGGUGGGGGGGUAGUUCUGGUCCCAACGCCAUUUUUAAAGAUUUUUUCCACUAAUUGGCAGCCUCAUCCCUAGAAGAGGCCAUGACCUCUUUAUUACUGUACUUGAUAAGUGAUGGCUCAAUGAUGUGUCUCAGUAGAGCAGAAAGUGCGGGACAUUGAUAGUAUAUAUAGAUGCUUAUGACCCAUCUAUAGAUACAGUUUCAUUGAAUGUCAUCAUCAUGAAUAUACAAAGAACUGAGCCGAAAUUGCAAGCUGAACAGUUGGUAGGAGAGCUAAUUAUAACUACAUUUGCAAAUCUAGCUUUUUUUUUAACCACUGAAAAUAAUGUUUUGUCAUUUUUAUUAUAUUUCAUUUAUUAAUUUUAUUGUUAUUUAGUAUUUUAAGGAAUUGGUUGAGCCUGGAGAUUAUAUGAAAGAAAAUUGAUUUAUUUUUAUAGAAAAAAAGUGUAGUUCGUGACGCAACUACUGGCCCUAGUGUCUGGUGUUCUAUUACAGAGAAAAAAAACGAGCCACACGUGGCUUUGUAUGCCGUACUAAUAAAGAUAAUAGAUCGUGCAAUUUACUGUUUAUAUGACCGCUACUUCAGUAAACGUCAGGCAUUUUGCUCCUCUGCUUAACUACUGAGACCAAAAGUUACAAUGACAAUUAUUUCUUUGAAAUGUAACUGGAAUUUUUUUUUCAUAAGUCGAUAUGCAGCUCUGUCCUAUAUCGAUACGCUAUAGGCAAGACUGAAAAAAUAAAUUAUGAGAUGGAGGAGCACUUUCAUGUAAAUAAAAGAAUACUUAUAAUCA